GAAGGGGAAACCUUUACUGCCAAUGGGGUUUUUUUAAAUAUUAUUAUCAUCAUUUUCUGUUUUGGCCAAUCAUGUAAUUUGCAAACUGCAACCCUGUCACGUGAUCGAGGCAGGUGACGUGAUCCGCAAUGACGUUUUACACGUCAGCUGUGUGGAGAGACACGGCUUCUUUGCUUCCCCUCAAAGAGAAGAACAACGAUCAGAAGUUAAAAACAACGACUGUGCCAUAUCGCAAUUAAAAAAUAAUAAUAAUAAUAAUAAAAAAAUAAAUGGUGUUACACGCGACAGUGUGCAAGGCGUGGACAAUACAAAUGUAAGUUAUGUGUUUAUUUGUGGACGUUUGUUUGCGACGGGAGGGCAACAGCAAGACCGAUUGAAGAAUCCUGUGGACAGCGUGACGAUGGAAUCUGCCCAGAUUAAAGACGAGUUCCCUGAACCUGAACUUGUACCCAUUAGAGAGUUUAUUGCCUCCCUCCCCAUUAAAAAGGAGCUCUGUGAGAUGCAAUGUGACAGCAGCCAGUUAGAGGUCUCUGAGAUUAAAGCUGAGCACAAUGAAUUGGUGAUCCCCCAGACAGAAGAACCCCUUCCUGUGAAACAAGAGGAGGUGCUGGAAACUCUCUGUAUUAAACGGGAGCCCCCUGAAGUAGAGUUUGAUCUCCUGGAACCAGGGAGGGAAGAAUCCGAGGACUUCAAACCAAACAUCCCUGAGCUGGAGCCUGUACGCCUGCGGGAGUGUAGCGUGGUGCUGGAGAGAAUCUGCGUGAGAGAGCCAGGUGCAUCAUAUUCAGAAUGCAGACUAGCAGGUUCCAGUCCAGCAGCUAAAGUGAGGGCGGGCGGUGGAGAAUAUCCUGACUCUGGGAAAGGUUUCACCCAAUUUGGAAACCUGAACACACACCAACGAAUUCACUCAGGAGAAAAACUGUAUCGCUGCUCUGACUGUGGGAAGAGUUUCGAUCUGGCAGGCAGCCUUGUAAUUCACCAACGAAUUCACACAGGAGAGAGACCGUAUCACUGCUUUGACUGUGGAAAGAGUUUCACUCAAUUAGGAAACCUGAAAACACACCAACGAGUUCACUCUGGAGAGAAACCGUAUCGCUGCUCUGACUGUGGGAAGAGUUUCAAACACUCAAACAGCCUUGUUUUACACCAGCGAAUUCACACAGAAGCGAAACUGUAUCGUUGCUCUGACUGUGGGAAGAGUUUCAAUCUGGCAAGCAGCCUUGUAAUGCACCAACAAAUUCACACAGGAGAGAGACCGUAUCACUGCUCUGACUGUGGGAAGAGUUUCGAUCUGGCAGGCAGCCUUGUAAUUCACCAACGAAUUCACACAGGGGAGAGACCGUAUCACUGCUUUGACUGUGGGAAGAGUUUCACUCAGUUAGGAAACCUGAAAACACACCAACGAGUUCACUCAGGAGAGAAACCGUAUCGCUGCUCUGACUGUGGAAAGAGUUUCAAACACUCAAACAGCCUUGUUUUACACCACCGAAUUCACACAGGAGCGAAACCAUAUCGCUGCUCUGACUCUGGUAAGAGUUUCAAACACUCAAACAGCCUUCUUUUACACCAGGGAAUUCACACAGGAGCGAAAGUGCAUCGCUGCUCUGACUGUGGGAAGAGUUUCACCCAGUUAGGAAACCUGAAUACUCACCAACGAAUUCACACAGGAGAGAAACCGUAUCGCUGCUCUGAAUGUGGAAAGAGUUUUAGUCAGUCAAACUGCCUUGUUUUACACCAGCGAAUUCACACAGGUGAGAAACCAUAUCGCUGCUCUGACUGUGGGAAGAGUUUCAAUCUGGCAGGCAGCCUUGUAAUUCACCAACGAAUUCACACAGGAGAGAGACCAUAUCACUGCUCUGACUGUGGGAAGAGUUUUGAUCUGGCAGGCAGCCUUGUAAUUCACCAACGAAUUCACACAGGAGAGAGACCGUAUCACUGCUUUGACUGUGGAAAGCGUUUCACUCAAUUAGGAAACCUGAAAACACACCAACGAGUUCACUCUGGAGAGAAACCGUUUCGCUGCUCUGACUGUGGGAAGAGUUUCAAACACUCAAACAGCCUUGUUUUACACCAGCGAAUUCACACAGGAGCGAAACUGUAUCGUUGCUCUGACUGUGGGAAGAGUUUCAAUCUGGCAAGCAGCCUUGUAAUGCACCAACAAAUUCACACAGGAGAGAGACCGUAUCACUGCUCUGACUGUGGGAAGAGUUUCGAUCUGGCAGGUAGCCUUGUAAUUCACCAACGAAUUCACACAGGGGAGAGACCGUAUCACUGCUUUGACUGUGGGAAGAGUUUCACUCAAUUAGGAAACCUGAAAACACACCAACGAGUUCACUCAGGAGAGAAACCGUAUCAUUGCUCUGACUGUGGGAAAAAUUUUAAACACUCAAACAGCCUUGUUUUACACCAGCGAAUUCACACAGGAGGGAAGCCGUAUCGCUGCUCUGACUCUGGGAUGUGUUAGGAAACCUGAAUCCCUUUCUCACGCUGAAAAGAGCUGUAAACUUGUUCACACAGGAGAGAGUUGUUGUUGUAAAGCGCUUUGUGAUGGUGGUCCACUAUGAAAGGCGCUAUAUAAAAUAAAGAUUAAUUGAUUGAACCAGAGCAGGAAUGGUGCUUGCGGCUCACGAGGUUGCAGCAGUCAAGAUCGCAUUCUUCUGACUUAAUAUCACAUAAACUCCAGCAGAAAGGCUGUACAAAACAUAGACACACACACCCACACACACUGUACACUUCCGCUGUUAUACUCUUACCUGUUGAUGCCUGUCAUUAUCACAGUACAUUUUUAACACCAUCAAUGUAAAAUUAAAGACAAACCAUCGGAUAUAACUUAAAAGUUUUAUUCUAGCACAUUGUGUCAAGCGUCUGCACAGCCGAAACACCGUAUUUAAACGGACAAUUGCACAUCAAAGGGUUUAUUUUUUAACUUGCCACAUAUAAAGCACUACUUAAAAGAAAAAAAAAAAAAACUAUAAUAAAAUAAACAUUUUAACAUAAAAUGUCAUUCGCAGCGCAGAAUCCAGAAUUGCAGUUUUCUGAUUGAAAUGUUUCUGAUGAAGUGCUGUGGCUAGCUUCAAGAUGAAAUCUCUCCUACCGGUAUU